AUGGCAUUCGCUGUCAUCCGAGCCCGCUGCCGUGUGGGCAGGAGCGGGCUAUAUAAGCCGCUACCCGGGCCACCGCGGGGCAGACGGCGACGGCGGCGGCAGCGGCGAGCGCCUGAGAGCGCAGCGGAGCAGCAACUCCCCGGAGCCCCGCGUUUCUCCCCCUCCCCGCCCCCCACCUCCCCCGACGGGUCGGUACACCCGCCCUCCCUAGGAGCUCCGGCCCGGGCCCGCGAGGGCCGCCGCCACCCCGCAGCAGAUUUGGAUCCCCAGUCCGGCGAUCCCCAGGCUGCUGCCUCCCGGGGGGACCCGGCGCAGCGGCCGCCCGAGGAGAGUCCCAGCGUCCCGCCGUCCGGCCCCGCAGACGCCGGCGGUGCCAUGGCAGCCGCCAAGCCGGGAGAGCUUAUGGGCAUCUGCUCCAACUACCAGGCGGUGAUGCCGCACUUCGUGUGCCUCGCCGAUGCGUUCCCGCAGCCGGUGCGGCCGGCCAAGCUCUCCAAGGGCAAGGGCCGGCUGCGGCGGCCGCGCCAGUCCCGCUUCAAGACGCAGCCGGUGACCUUCGACGAGAUCCAGGAGGUGGAGGAGGAAGGGGUGUCGCCCAUGGAGGAGGAGAAGGCGAAGAAGUCAUUCCUGCAGAGUCUGGAGUGCCUGCGCCGCAGCACGCAGAGCCUGUCGCUGCAGAGGGAGCAGCUCAGCGGCUGCAAACUGAGGAACAGCCUGGACUCCAGCGACUCGGACUCGGCCCUGUGAGGGGCGCCGCCCGCCUGGUGGGGGGAGAGCGCGCGCGCGCCUCCGCGGCCUGCCGGGGGGGCCCCCAGCCGGGGCGCAUCGGGGAGAGGACCCGCGCCCGGUGCUGCGGGGCGGGCGCGGGGGACGGGCACCCUCCCGAGGAUCGGCGAUCGCUGCCCCUUUGCGCGUCUGGACCUCUGCCCCGCGGCGAGCUGAUGGGUGCGCGCUUGGUUGCGCUCGCCCAGGCCACGGGAUGGGAGGAAGGGAGUUCCCCCCCCCCCCGAGCUCGCUCAGCAACCCCGGGAAAGGGGGCUGCUUUUCUUUGCCCUUGUAAAUGUUUAUUUUUCAACUCUUCCCGGUACGGAUUCUGCUGUGAGUGUGUGCGGCGGGGAGGAGGGGCGGGGUCCGCGCCGAAUCCGCCGAGGGUCGCCGGGGUCGCCACUCCGCCACCCUCUGCUGAUGGUUUGCGACUCCCGAUUUUGCGCACCACUCCACGGUUACCCUCCCCUCGCGCCUCCCCCUCCCUCCAGCGCACGCCCGUUCACACUCACGCCGACACUCGCGCUGAACACUUUUAUAAUGGUCGACGGGCCGAUGGGACUUGGGGCGCAGCGAGGCUGCUGCUGCUGAGACCGGAGGAUUGAUAUUUAUUUUUGCACUGCAAGAGCUGAAGGUGUUUAUUUAACGAUCUUUUUACCUGGAUAUGUCUGUGAGGCUCCCGAAUGGAGACAAAUAAAGUCAAUAU